AUGAAUAAAAUGCUCCUGAAAUUCAUCUUUGAUGAGCUCUGCACAAGUUUUAACAAAAAAGAUUCAACAAAUACCUAUAGUAAAAAAAAAGAUGAUAACGAUAACAAUGAAAUUAACUAUAUUAUAACAUUACAAGAUUUAUUCGAAAAUUUGGAGAGAAAUAAAAAUAUGUACAUGGACAUAUAUAUGAAAAAAGAAGUCUUAGAAAAUAUAUACCACUGUAGAGAUAUAUGUAUCAUAAAACAGGAAAAGAAAAAAGCUGAAUUAGAUGAAUAUAACAAUGAUGUAGAUAUCAAAAUAGAUAAGGGAAAUCAAAAUUUAAUUAUCAAUUCGGCUAACCAUUAUAAUGUUUGUAUAAAUAAUAUAUAUAUAUAUAAUAAACACAAUCUAUUUUAUUAUCAAAGAAUAAAAGAAUGCAAAGAAAAAAUAUUUAUUUUAUUAUACAUAAUUUCUGGUAAAUAUAAUGGGUUUAUUCAGAGUUCUUUGUCUAGGUCUCUAAACCUAGAUGUAAAGAUAGUACACUAUCAUUUAAAGGCGUUAUUUCAGUUUUUGUUAAUUAAAAAAAUAAGUAUUAAUAUAAGUAAUUUAGAAAAAAGUUUUGAUAACAGUAAUAACAGGAAUAGUAGCAAUAGCAACACAAUCAAAUUAAACCCCACAUAUAUUUUAUAUUUUAAUAUAUAUUUUAUAUAUAACUUAUUGCCUAUAUUUAUUAAAAAUAUCCUAUAUUCACAGAAUGUAUUAUCAAUUAAUAAAAUAAUUGUAUACCUUUUAAACAAAUUUAUUAUAAUACCUCAAAAAGUUUUGUCUUUUAUUUUUUUUAAAUUAUUAAUUGUUUAUAAUCCUUAUUAUUUUAUACAAGUAAGAAAAGCUUUGAGACUUUUUAAUUCUAUCUUAUCCAGUUUAAUUAAUAAGAAGAAGAUAAUCAUGUGUAAAAUUAAAGUUCAUUCGAAUUAUGAAAACUGUUAUUUAAAUUAUGAAAAUAAAGAUAAAAUCAACUAUGAUAAUAUAAUAAAUUUCCUACUUUUGUUUUACUACAACUAUGAUUACCUCAUCAAAUUUAUAAACAAAUCUUGCUAUCUAAUGUGUGAGGAUUAUGUGAAAAGGGUAGAAUUUAAAAACGAGUUUGUCAAAGGUGCUAUUACCACAACGAGCGCAUGGAAUGAGUUAGGAAUGUACCUAAAAAGAAGCAGCACCUUUGGUCAAUCGAUACAGCAGGGGAAAAAUAUAAUCCAUCUGAACUCGUCAUCACAGUUACCAUCAGACUUACCAUCUAACAUACCAUCUGACAUUCAAGAUAUAGUCAAAAUAGAAUAUCAUAACCAGGAUGUGCGAAAAAAUGGAGGUGAAUCUAAGGAGACACAAAUAAUAAAUAAUAUAAAGAGAGAAGAAGAUAACAUAUAUAUAAAUGAAAAAAAUUGUAAUUUAUUAAUAAACGAAUUUGAAAAUUAUGUGGGUUUCAGUACUGAUAAUAAGACUAAUGAUACCGAUUAUUAUUCCAGUUCGCCAAAUGAAAACCAAGAAUCUAGUUUAUCUGAAUUCUCUUUUUUUCAUGGAAAUGAAGAAAUAGAAGAAUCAGUCAAACAAACUUCUGCAGAAAGUGAACAGAAUGAAAAUAUAGAAGAGGUAAAUAAAAAAUAUUUGUUGUCUCAUGCUUCAUCAACUUCAUCCUGUGCUUCUUCUUCUUCCACUUCGUCGACAAACACUAAUUCGGAUGGAAAGAGUUAUAAUAACUAUUUUAUUAAAAAUAAAAAUAUUUGUUUAAACAAUUUGUCACUAUAUAACAAAAUAAAAUAUUUGAUUCUAAGUAAAGGGGUAAAUGGAAUGACAACAAAAGAGAUCUCACAAAUUCUACUCCUUUCAGUUAAAAAAAUUAAUACAUUCCUUUGUAAACUUAUACGAAAUAAAGAUAUUGUAAAAAUACCAGAAAGAAAAAAUAAAAGUUUUAUGUACAGAUUUAUUGAUAAUAACAUUUAUCAUUACCUACAAAAGAAUCCGCAUAAUAUCUCUCUCCUUAAAAUGGAGAAGCAGGAAAAUAAUACCGAUCAUAAUAAUAGUGAAAUAAAUGGAGAAGAGGAUGAAAAGGAGACAGAAGGAACCAUAAGAAAAAAUGCUUCUAUUUCAAAAAGUGAUAAAACAUCUGAUAAUUUUUAUACUGUCAAAAAUAAGGGAUCCAAAAAUGUGCAAAAUAAAAACGUAAACGAAUUAACACUCUCCGAAAAAGAGAAAGAGUUUGACCUAAUUUCAGAAAAAAAAGACUUCAGUCAUAUACAAUUUAAUAAGCUAAGUGAAUCAUUAAAUGUACUAAACUACAUUAAUACAGUAAAUAAAAUAGACAUAAAUGUAUUAAUGUAUGUCAUACCUAAGUACAAAGAUUCUGUUAAUAAUUUUAGUAAUUUUAAAGAUUUUUUUGAUAAUUAUGUGGAAAAUUUUAAAAAAUUUGAAGAUAAAUAUGAUUUAUACACUUGCAGUUUUCAUUUUUUUUAUUAUUUAAAAUUUCUGUUAAAAAAAGAUCAGACCAAACAUUCUUCACACAAAUUUUCUGAUCUUCAUGAUAGUAAAAGUCUUAAUAAACCUUCGGAUGUUGCCAUAAGUGAACAAUACGAAAAAGAAUUUUAUAUAAAAAAUAUAGACUCAUCGGAAAAAAACAUUGAUUUUAUAAAAUAUUUUAUGGAAGAUACGACAAAAUUAAAAAGUAAUUUAUUUAUUAAAAGGUUGUUUAUUUUCUGUCAUUUCCUCUUAUGUUCAAAAGUGACUACAUUUCGUUAUUUACAAGAUUUAUUCAUAAUGUUAGAAAACAGUGGUAGAACAAUUGAUAGAAAAUCUGUUCAACGACUCUUUAACUAUUCAACAAAAAUUAAUCAGUUUUUUAAAAAAUAUACACUCCUUAACAGCAAAACUGUGAAAUACUAUUUUUACGAUUCUUAUGUUCUAUCCGAAAAACAGUCAAAUGAACUAUAUGCAAAAUUUCAGCAGGAAUACGCACUAUUUUUUUAUAGACACAAUAAUACUACUGAUAAAAGUAGUAAGGGAAAAAUGGAAUAUUACAAUUUAACCAAUACUAAUAUAGCUAGCAAUAAGCUUAAAUAUAUGGUAAAAAUAUCAGACAAAAGGUACAAAGCUAUGGCUGAUUCAUCAGAAGCAUCAUUAUACACACAAAAUGACUCCAACAGAAUAAAUCAAAUAGCUGACAAAAAUAAUGUUGAAAACUAUAAUUUGCAUGUUGAAGGGAAGAAGGAAGAACAUGGUCAUACAAUAUUUUUUGCAGAAAAAAAUGAACAAUCGAGUACGCAGAAUCCUUCAAAUCGUAAUGAUAACUCUCAUGUAGUUCAUACUAUUACGAACAAAAAAGAUACUACGGGGGGAAUAUAUAAUCUCCCUGGUGGUAGCAGUGUCAGUAGUAGUAACCGCAGUUCCAGUUGUUAUAAUGGCACAUCUUCUGAGGCAUUCUCAAAUUUACCUUACCAUACAUCAUUAAUGGGCACAUCGGUGGACACAAUUAAUUUAAGUAAUAAAAGAAAAUUUAUCAAUCCUGUUUGUAAAACAUAUAAUAAAAAAAGGAAAUCAGAACAGCUUCACAAAAUUAAUGAAAAUAAAACUAAUAUGUUAAAUAAGUUACCUUCACAAGAUACUUUUAGUUGUUCCUAUAAAACAUGUGAAGAACCUAAUUUAGAAGAUAAGGAUGAAAUUCAAAUUGUUUUAUCACCUUUAAGAAAUAAAAAUCAUGGAAAGAAUGUUGAAAGUACUUCUAGAGAUAACCAUGUUUUAGCCAAAAAUAGCAAUGAAUGUAAUGUAUUAUAUAUCGAUAUACUAAAUGAGUCAGCUUUUAAAUGUAAAGAAAGUAAAAUUGUUAGCAAAAGAGUGAAAACGAGAAGUGUCUUUAGAAGUUUCAAAACACCACAAGAAUUUUCCUAUGGUAUAAAUUAUUUCAAUGGUUAUAUCUUUUCAAAAAUGGCUAGAUACAAAUAUUUUCAUAAAUGCUUAAUUCGAAUAUUAAAAAAAAAGAAAAAGAAAAUAAAAAAACAAAUUUGUCCUGAGGAAAAAACAAAAGAUAGUUGCAGCAACAGAGGAAUAAGCAGUGGCAGUAACAUAUUUGAAUCAUACGAAAAUAUUUCUAAAAAAAGGAAAAUAGAUUACAUAGAAUCAAACCAAAAAAAAAGAAAAAAAAAAAAAAAAUCUAGUAAUACAUUGACAGUUAAAGAUAUACUGAAAAACCUUUAUCUGGAUGAAUAUUUAAAAAUUAUUCAUCUUGGAUGCAAAUUAAAUUAUAUCGAAAAUUACCUAUUGAACGAAAAAAAAAAAAAAAAAUUGAAAGAUUUACCUCCAAUUCUAUUCGAAUUUUUAACCUCCUACUCGUUAUUAAAUUGUAACAAGAAUAACAUUAUUCAAAAUUUCCUUUCAAGUAGAAAUGAGCAAAUUUACUUAAAUGAAAUUAAUCCAUAUGAACAGUUACAGUUUAUCACCUUCUCAAACUGUAAUUCGAAUGAUUGCUUGCGAAAACAUGAUGAUGAUGUUGCUGUUCCACAUGAUGAUGAUACUGUUUCUAAUCCUAACAAUGAUGGAGAGGAACGGCUGAAGAAAAAUUAUCUUUAUUCUAGUAAAAAGAAAAAUGAUGUCUUAAGUAAGCAUGACAUGAACGUAAUAAAAAGCAGUGAUAGAAUAAGCAUAUUUUACUUUCUAUACAGAAAAUUAAAAUUUUUGUAUAAUAUGAACUUAGUCCAUCUUAAAUUUAGUAAUAAUAUGAAGAAAAAUGCAAGUUUUCCCCAUAAAUGGAAGGGAAAUGUUUCUUGUAAUUCUAAAAAUGCAGAGUUAAAUAUAUCGUUCGUUGAUAUAAAGAAAAACAAUUUGCGAAUUUAUAUCAAAAAAUAUGUAAACAUUCAUUUGUUUACGCCCAAAAAAAGUAAAAGAGAAAAUAAGACCUACAAUAUUAUGCGAUACAAUCAUUUUGAAGAGUUUUACUAUAAUUUAUACAUAUCCGUUGAGAGGUUCAAGAAGUUUUUGCCGGAUGCAUACUUUGAAAAUUACCCAAGAGGGAAAUUGACACUUCAAGAUGUACUUAAAAACUGUAAAAUUAAAAACAAAAAUUUGAAGUUCCUACUGUUUCAUAAUUCAUAUACAAACCAGUUAUUUCUGACAAGAAAAUUGAGAAAGAUGUUCUUAAGUUUAACCAAAAAAGUGAAGAAAAGAGAAAUAUCAAAGUCCAAAUUAAUGGAAGAGUUAGCAUCAAGCAAAGAAUAUGAUAUAUUGCGUAAUAUAUAUAAUAUAUCAAGAACAAAUAUUGAAAAAUAUUUUACAGUUUUUUACGACAUAUACAGUAAAGAAAAAAGUAGUGUUGCAAUCACUGAUGAAGACUUACUCUUUAGUUGCCCAUUUUGUAAUAAUAUAUUUUCUUUUAAAAACGAUUUAUUAAGUCAUAUAUCAACUUUUCAUAACGUAAACAAAAAAUUUUCUAAUCUUAUUUCAUUCUUUUCAAAUUCCAAGCACAUGAUACAUAAAAAUCUAAGUGAUUUCCUAAGAAUUAAAAAUAGAAUUGUAAAAAACGCAAAUAUAUAUCCUGAUUAUAAUUUUAGUAAAAAAAGGGCAAAUGCGUAUGAAACGAACUCAAAAAAUGUGAAAAACGCUUCAUAUCAAAAUGAUAUACUACAUCAAAAUAAUGCAAUACUUCAAAAUAAUAUACCAUAUCAAAAUAAACCAUGGGUAGAGAGUAGUCAACAUUUUUCAUCAAACAGUAUAAGCGACCAGAAACUCGAGAAACCUGAACAAGCUAUACAAAUGCAAAGUUACGAUUUAUCAGCUAAAGAGGAAAACUUGUUAAAUGAAGAAUUUACUAAUUUAAAAAAAAAAAAAAAAAAUGUAACAAAUAACUUAGAAAAAGCUGAUGAAGGUGCUUAUAGUAACAAUUUUUACGUAAAUAAAAAUUAUAAGAAAUAUAUAAAUGAUUUCUUGGAAAAUGUGAAGGUAAAACACACCUUAAAAAUAGUGUAUAUAUAUUUUGUAACUACAAUCGUUCAGUUGGUUAUGUCAGAGAAAAAUUUAGAAAAAGAAAGAAAAAAUAUAGAAAUCCAGACAGUAUUUUUAGAUAAGACAAAUAAAAGUACUGAAAAUUCUUCCACUUCGACAAAGGAAUUAUUGUUAAGGAAAAAAAAGAAAACGGUUAAGGGGAUAAAUAAGAACGAAGGAAAUUCAGUAGUAAACCCAUACAAAGAAAAAGAUGUAAACAAUUUAUUAAUUAAAAAAAAAAUAACAAAACUUCAAAAAAAAAGAGGAUUACUUGAAAGUACCAUAAUACAAUCAGAAAAAUAUGAAAGUCAAGAGAAAAAAUGCUACAAGGAAAAAAGCAAAAAAGUAACAUUUUGUGAUAAAAUAUUACCGUCUUAUUUUAAAACGUCAGAAAGUGUUAAUGAUUUUAUAUCUACAAAAUUGAACAAAUUCCGUUUAAUUUAUUAUUUAAAAAAUAAAACUAAUGGUAUUCCUUAUAAAAAAUAUAUGUGGAAUGAAGCGAACAGGAAAAUGAUAGGAAAAUUUAAGCCUAAUGUUUGCAUAUACAUUCAGAAAAAAUUAUUUUAUUAUUUUAAGAAAAAUAUUAUUCACUACUUUUUUAUUUUAUCCAAUGAAAAUUUUGCUAGAUGUAUUUUGAGUUAUUCUGCCACCCAUAUAUACAAUUGUACAUAUACAAAUAUAAACUAUUAUUAUGACAAAUAUAUAAAAAAUAUAUACAACUUUAAAUUUAUAUCUCUUGUAAAUCUACUCAAGUUGUUUAUAAUAAAUUAUGGAGAUCAAUUUACAGCAUACAAAGAAAUUAUAAAACCUUUAUUUUUUCAAAAAAUUGAAGAUAUAAAAAAUUCUCUAAGAUUUUUGAAAAAGAAGAGCUAUGUUAUUGAUACGUCUUAUAUAUUAUCUAAUUAUAUCAGCAGUGACCUUAUAUGUGACAAUAUAUAUGCUAAUUUAGUUUAUAAAUCUAUGUUUUAUAAAAAGAAAUUAUCCCUCUUUUCAAAAAAGAGUUUUUUUGAUAAUGUUUUAGACAUGAUUUAUUUAAUGGGCGUGUCUCACUCAGUUAAAUUAUUAGAAGGUGAACAUUUUGAAAAAAGUAAUGAAAAGAAAGACAACACAAAUUAUCAUCUAAAGGGCUUGUUAAGUCAUAUUGAUGCUGUGUAUGAUGAGGAGCAUAAUCAGGCCAUUCCAUAUAAUAGUAAUAACACUUACUACAGAAAUGCUCCUAAAAAUUGCAUCUACUUAAAGAAAGAUAUUCCUUUUAUGCAAAAUGGUUAUAAAAAUGUUGAUUAUAAUAAAGAACUAAAUGAAGACGUAUCACAAGUUAGAAAUAAUAACAUAUAUGAUUUUAACUAUACCCUUAUGAAACAUUGUACAACCAAUAAUGUGAUGAACAAUGAAGAUAAUUCUAGUGAAAACCCAAAUGAAGAGUGCAAGAAACAUUAUUUCAACAAAAGAUUAACCAUAUUUGAUUUAUAUUAUUGUGUUCAUAAUUUCUUAAAAGGGAAUAUUAUUUUAUAUGCUUGCAACAAUUAUAUAUUAACCGAUGAAAAUGAAUGUAAUAAUGAUGAGAAACCAAGUGAUCGAGAAAAAGAUAUGUUAAUGAUGCAUAACUGCGAGAAAGAUUCACAAAUGUCAAACUUUUCAGAUGUCUCCCAUCUUUCAGAAGCUAAAAAAUUCGUUAACUACAAUAAGCAUAACAAUUUACAAAAAAAAAAUGAAAAAAAUUUAAAAAAUGGGGAAUAUGAAAAUAGAUACAAAGAAGAUGACAAAUCCAUGAGUUAUACAUCAUCCACUGCAGAUGAAUCAGAUAUAUUUGAUCAUCUUUCAGAUGAUUAUGAAAUAAUAAAAUUGUUAGAAAAUUCGAAUGAUGGCAAUAAAAAGAUUUUAGGGGGAAUAAGUAAACAUAUAAACUGUUUAACCAAGCACGUUAGUGAAUAUUUUCCAAAUUAUUAUUUUUUAAAUAGUUUUGAAAAAAAAAAAUUAGAAAAAAAACUUUCACAAAUAUUUUCAAAUACUAAAGAAGUCAAAUUUUCGAAUUCUAACCAUUUCUUUCAUCAUUUAUAUUAUGACCCGAAUUAUAUUAAUAAUUCUCUCUUCAGUUAUUUUAAAAGAUAUUGUUUAUAUAUAUAUGAGAAUGAUAUUAUUAUGGGACAAGUGCCAUAUAAACCUUUUAAAAAUUCUUUUCUUCUAAAUAUAAGUGACACGAAUAACGUUAAUUUUACCAACCUUUUUAAUGCAUAUAUGCAGGAAAAUAAUUUUUCCAACUCUAUAAUUUAUAAGAAAAACAAGUUAUUAAUCUAUAAUAUUAACAAAAAAACAUUUAUUGAUUAUGAUUUAUAUCCACAAAAUAUGCAUUUGUACAAUAUUGCCUUCAUGUCAAAUGUUCAUAAAAAUGUGGACUCCUUGUUAGAUGUUCAAGUUUCCAAUUUGAAGAACAGUGUUUUUUGGCUAGAAAAAGACAAGUCCAAAAGGAAGAAAAAAAAAAAAUAUGAACAGACAAGAGGCAAAACAGUUUGGCAUGAACCUCCAUUUAAUGAUAGAAAAACAGAAAAUUCUCAGAAAAAUGACUGCAUGCAUACUGAUGACAGUAAUAAUAAUAUGGAAAUUGGAAAAAAAGGGGAGACACCUAAAAAGAUACCAUGCGAAAUUAAAAAAAAGGAAAGAAGCAAAAGUAAUGCACAUCUUAAAAAUUUCGUAAAAAAAGUGAAUAUUAAAGGAAACAGAACGAAGAAUAACACGUAUAAAGAAUCUUUUUUUUUUGUUACCCGAAUAUUAUAUGACGUUUUCUACAUCAAUGAUAUUUUGAAUAUCUACGGUGAAUGCGGAAAUUAUAAAGAUAAUGUGUUUAAAAAGAAACAAAAAAAAAUAAUAACAGUAUCUGAGAAAAUAAGGGAAUUAUACAAAUGUAAAAACGAUAAAAUGGAAGAAUGCAAUGCAAAUCGUUCAAGUGAGAGAGAUUUUAAUAUGACACAUGAAUAUAACAACGUAAACAGAGAGGAGGAGCAGGAAGAGGUGGAGAAACAAGUUUAUUACACGGAAGAAAAUUUUGAAUCAAAUGAAUGGAUGAAAGACACCACCAGCGUAGUAACUCUCCAUAACAGUAAGAACACAAAUAAUCAUAAUAAACAAGAAACGCCACCCAUUUUAAAUAGUGCCAAUUAUGAUAUAGUACAAACAGAAAAAAACUAUACUGUGUUUAACAAAAUUAUAAAUAAAAUGCUUUUCGUUUUUUUAUCAAUAAAAAAAAAAAAAGAAAAUGGACGUUUUAUUGAUAGCUUAAAAAAAAUGUACUUGCUAGAAUUUAUGAAAAAUACAAAUUACAGUGAAUAUUCUAAUGUCAAAAAAGAAUAUGAUUUUAUUAUUUUUCUGUUAAAUAAAUUAAAUCUUAUUAAAAUUUUUCCUUUCAUGAACACACACAAAAUAUUUUUAGCACAAUAUCAUUAUGAAAUUAACGCAUAUAAAAGAAAAAACAUGUUUUACGAGCAUAAUUAUAAACAUCCAUUUUUAAAUAUGAUAAAUUGUCAUUUAAAGAAUUUCAAAUUUCAAUUCAAAAAAUAUACAGAUAGUGAGACAAAAAUAUUUAAAAAGUUUAUGGAGAAAAGUGAAAUAACAAAUUAUUUAGAUAUCAAAAAAAUUGGUGUAAGUGACAAUGCUAAUGAAAAAUAUUCAUCAGAAAGGUAUGUUUAUAAAAAAAAUAUAGAAGAAAAACUUAUCUAUAAUAGGGAAAAGUUAAAUUACGUUGAUUGCAUAUUUAUAAAUUUCAUAAAUAAUAAUACCCUUAAAAAACCAAAUUUUGUUCCUAGAUUAAUUCUAUUGUUUAAUCUUCAGUGUUCUAUUAUAAUUCAUGAUUUCUUUUUUAUGUAUUUAUUGGAUAAUUUUCACAAAAUUCAAAAACUCAAAAAAGGGGAAAUUCAGAGUCAAUUUGAGAAAAAUAAUACCAUAUUUCACACAAAAAUAGGGAACAAACUAUUACAUCUUAUCGAAAAUAAAAGAUAUGCAGUAGUUAUUAAAUAUAUUAGAAGAAUAAUUAACAGAGCGUGCAAAUAUUUUGAGAGUAUUCUUUAUUUGUAUAAAAAGAAAAAUGAACCAACAUUUAAGAAAAAACUUACCAUAUAUUAUUUCAAUGAUAAUUAUAUAAACGCAAAUAGCUUUAUUUAUGCAAAUGGAAACACAAAUAUAAAGUUUGUGUUUUUUUAUGUUUUAAAAGUUUUUUUUUACCUGAAGAACAACCCCUAUUCUUCCAUAUUUGACAUGUACAAGAGUGUCGAAAUUUUAAACUUCUGUGAUUUGAGUUUUCUGCUAAGAGCAAUGUGUCAAGACAACUUUAUUUCGUUCAAAUUGAUGUACGUAUCGAAGAGAAGUGAAAUGUAUAAGUUAAAGAAAAAUUAUAAGAUUAUUAAUGAUUUUAACAAUUUAAUAGCUAAUGAACAUUUAAAAAUUAAAAAAAAAGUAAAAAAAAAUAAAAAUAUUACCUGUGAUUUAUUCGAAAGUACUACAAGCUCAGAAGGUGAAUUUACAACUGAAGAUAAUCUUUUAAAAAAUAUUAUAAAAAACGAAAAUGAAUGGAGAGAUAGAAAUGAACAUAAAUAUGUACGUACCAUCAAUUAUGAGAAACCACCUUUUGAAGAAAGCAGAAAAGACAAUUCGGCAAAUCUCAUCUCCUUUAUUGACAAAAUGAUGUACAAAAAAAUUAAAUUGUAUUAUGUUGAGGAUGAAAAUUUAAUUUUUAAAAAAUAUGCGGGAACGUUGUGGAACUGA